AUGGCGGCGGCGCUGCGGGGCCGGGGCCGCGGAGCGCCCCUCCCCCCCCAGCUCCUGGUGCGGCUCCUGAGCCCCCCCCGCAGGAGCGUGAGCCACGUGUUCAGGGCGGCCGAGCUGCAGGUGGAGCUGGCGGAGGGGGCACCGGCCCCGCCUGGGGGCGCCCCGGGCCCCUUCGGCCGCAGCUUCACCCCCCACAUGCUGUGGGUCGAGUGGAGCCGGGCCCGGGGCUGGGCCCCCCCCCGCAUCCGGCCCCUGCGGGACCUGAACCUGCACCCGGCGGCCUGCGGGCUGCACUACGGCAUCGCGCUCUUCGAGGGGCUCAAGGCUUUCCAUGGGGCCGACGGCCGCGUGCGCCUCUUCCGCCCGGAGCUGCACCUGGAGCGCAUGGAGCGCUCGGCCCGGCGCCUCUGCCUGCCCGCCUUUGACCGGGGGGAGCUCCUGGAGUGCAUCCGGGCGCUCGUGCGGGUCGAGCGCGAGUGGGUCCCGCGGGGGGGCGGCGCCAGCCUCUACAUCCGGCCCGUGAUGCUGGGAACAGAGGCGGCGCUGGGGGUUUCCCCUCCCGCGCAGGCGCUGUUGUUCGCCGUGCUCAGCCCCGCCGGGCCCUACUUUGGGGGGGGGGCGCUGAGCCCCGUGCGGCUCCUGGCGGACCCCGGGCACUGCCGGGCGUGGCCGGGGGGGGCGGGGAACUGCAAGGUGGCGGGGUGAGCGUGGGAACGGG